AAAGGCCAAACUUUGCCACCAACAAACCAAACAAACAAACAAACAAUCAGUCAUGGCUGCUUCGUCGUCCCUGACUCUCCCCAAGUUCCUCACUUCUCUACUCCCCUCAUCAUCAUCGUCGUCCCCAUCGCCGCCGCCACCUAGCUUCGUCUCUCUCCCCAAGAGCACCGCGUCCGUGCCGGCCACCACCUUGGGCCUUACAUCUUGUAUCGCCGCCGUUGCUUUCCCGUCGCUGGCGCACUCGAACACACUCUUCUUCAAGUCGGCUUACAACGUUCAGGUGAUCGCCGAAGAGAACGAGCCCGAAGAGAGACUUCUGAAUCGCUUCAGAAAGGAGGUCUUCAAGGCCGGCGUCUUGCGAGAGUGCCGGAGAAGGAGGUUCUUCGAGAACAGCCAGGACAAGCGCAAGAGGAAAUCCAGAGAAGCUGCUCGGAGGAAUCGCAAGAGGCCUCCACAACCAAAAGCUCCAACUAAGGCCAAACAGGAAACUAUUAAUACGAAGAACGAUGAGAAAGAUGAUAACUGGGAUCACUUUGAUGUAGACCUUCCAUAUUGAGUUGGGAAUAAGGUAACCGAAAAUCGAUCCAUUUUAAACCCCGCAAAAUGAGUGCUUAGAGCUCCUAAUCUCCGAAGUCUGAACUGUAUAGUGCUAGCUGGGUUCGUUUUGCAGAUGCAACAGAAAUAGUGUCUUUCACCUUUGGGUUGGGACUUAUGGGAAAUAUGAUUCUUCCCACAUUCAAUUCCCAUUAUAGAGUUGUUUGCUUUUGAAUCAAAGCCCUUACAGACAAGCAACUAUUGGUUUUUUUUUUUUUUUGUACUUGGAACGUAGCUAUUUUAUAGGGACCCAUUCUUUUUCAACUGCUUCCUAGGGACUCUAGUAUGUUUUCGGCUAAAAACUUACUGCACGAGCUAAAACAAAUUUGAUUAUAUGGUC